GCCGAGGCGUCCGGCGCGCUCCCGUCGGGCGGCGGCGGCGUCGUCGUCGAGGGCUCGUCCGGGUCGACGACCAUCGGGCUCGCGCCCCUCGUCGCCGCCGCGGGCCACCGGCUCGUCGCCGUGCUGCCCGACGACUGCGCGGCGGAGAAGCGCGACGCCAUCGCCGCGUUCCCGGGGAUCACGGUCGAGGUCGUCCGCGCGGCGUCGAUCGCGAGCCCGACGCACUACGUCAACGUCGCGCGGCAGCGCGCCGCGGAUCUCGCCGCGGCCGGCGAGCGCGUGCUCUUCGCGAACCAGUUCGACAACCUCGCCAACGUCCGCGCGCACGUCACAGGCACCGCGCGCGAGAUCGGGCGCCAGGCCGCCGCGCUCGGCCGGACCGUCGACGCCUUCGCCAUGGGCGCGGGCACGGGCGGCACCAUCGCCGGCGUGUCCCUGGGCCUCGGCGACGGCCCGCGCAUCUACCUCGCGGACCCGCAGGGCUCGUCGCUCCACGGCCGCGUCCGGCACGGCGUCUGCUACGACGCCCGCCAGGCGGAGCGCUUCGUCGAGCGGCACCGCUACGACACGAUCAUGGACGGCGUCGGUCUCGAUCGGGUCACGGCGAACUUCCGCGCCGCGCGCGUCGACGACGCCUGCCGCGUGUCGGACGCGGACGCGCUGACGAUGGCGCACUACCUCCUCCGCUUCGAGGGCCUCUUCCUGGGAUCGUCGUCGGCGCUCAACUGCGUCGCGGCGCUGCGCGCCGCGGCGGAGCUGCGGAAAGCGCACCCGGACCGCGACGACAUCACGGUGGUGACCGUGCUCUGCGACUCGGGCCACCGCUACCUCAGCCGGUUCUGGAACCGCGCCUUCGUCGAGAAGCGCGGGCUCGAGUGGCCCAGCGCCGACGCCGCGGACCUCGAGCGCGCCGCCGCCGCGCUCCUCGACCGGCCGACGGACGAGCCGUCGCUGCUGCUCGGGGGGUCGUAA